AUGGCAACGAUGAGCAGUCCGCAACCAUACCUCUUACACAGACGGCUACGGCAUCUACGAUCGAUAUCGGUGUGCAAUGCAAGCCUGGUGCGCGGGGACACAGGGCUGGACAUGAGAUGGCGGUUAUUUCCGUGCUUCGUGGUGGUGGAAGACACGCACGGGCGGGUGCAGUACGUCAGCGAGGUGCAGGAGGGGCGGCACUCGGUGGUGCGAUUCAACGAGCUGCCGGUGCUGGAAGCGGCAGAGUCGCAGGUGGUGCUAAGGUUGGUGGGGCAGCUGCCGGAGCCGGAGUUUGCGGGGGAGUGGGCGGAAGUGGCGCGGCAGCAGGUGGACCUGAACGCGCUGCACUACGUGGGGCACGUGGAGCUGGUAGACGGGCUGCGGGAGCUGAACGUGCCGGUGCUGGAGUUUGCGGACGGGCACUUUGCGGCGGCGCGGGUGCCCGGCCGGCUGGCGGACGGCGCGCCGGGCAAGUUCCCGGCGCGGCGGAGCUUCUCGUUUAACGCGCUGCUGAAGCUCAACAAGAUCCUGGAGUACAUGUCGCAGGUGGAAAAAGAGUCGCAGCAGCUGGUGAGGCAGGCCGAGGCGCUGCUUGGGCAGUCCGAGAGCAAGCAGCUCGGGCCAGGACUGGAUUCUGCCUUCGGGGAGCUGGAGGUGCAGCGGAAGCGCAAGCUGGCGCAGCUGUCGGCCCUGCAGGACCACGCGUGCAGGCUGCAGGCCAACCCGGACGACGAGGAGUCGUUCGACAGCGACUACGGGUCUAUGUACUCGGAGCUGAUCCAGAAGAAGCAGCGCGUGCACCUGCUGCAGGAGCGGAAGCUGCAGCGGCUCAUCGAGAUCUUUACUAACACAUCGCUAUUCAGCAGUCCGUACGUCGUGGUCCGCACCAGCACGGACUCGUCUCCGUAUGAUAUUUCACUUGGGAAGUUAGAGCUCCAGACCAUAUUAGACGUAGAUGAUAGAAUAUCUAUAAACACGAUACUCGGGUACUAUUUACUUUUCCUUGACAUUCUGGCGGGCAAAAUAUGCUACAUUCCUCUUCCACAUCGCUUGGCAUAUUACGGCAGCACAUCAAUUAUCGACAACAAGUUCCCAUUGUAUCUUCCGACAUCGUCGACCCAGCAUCAUCUAGAUCGCUUUUCUGAGGCAGUCCACCUAUUCAACAUAAAUAUCAUUCAAGUUCGGCAAUUUCUAAAUAAUCUCAAGGAUAAAUGA